CAACAACACGAUCACGUUGAGCAGCAAGACCCGAACCGUGCUCGUGCAAAUGGAGGGCCCCGCUUACCGCGGGGCAUGGACAUCAUAAUUGACCUCGACAAUGGUGAAGAAGAGUGGAGAAUGGCUACACCAGCUCCUGAACCAAGUUCCCCUGAUAUUGAAUUCAUUUCUUCCCGGACGAUCAAUCCCAGACGCCUUCCACCACCGAAUCUUGCUGGCAAUAACUCGGACGGGGACGAGGUCGAGUUUUUGCGAGAAAACGCUCUGCCAGAAGCCGAAAUCCGACGGCGCAGGACUCGGGAGCUCGACAAUGUCUUGGAUCUUUUCGGUACACUCAACGGUCGCUUCACACAUCUUCGGGCUCAAGUCGAUCGUUUCAAUGCCCAGAUCAACCGCACCGCAGGCCGCUUCCAUGAGCCUGUUGCUCCCCACCGGAAUCCAUCCCGAGGCCAUACCCAUAUCCGGUUGGGCUUCAUUGCACCUGUCAUGGACUUUGAGGGCACUGGGUUCAACUAUGGACAAGCAGCACGCGAAGCACCAGCACCUCCACCUACCUACGAGGCGCCACCUCAAGCACCUGAGGGUUUCACAAGGAACCCUGAAGAGGAAGGUGCACUCAUCUGCCCAAAUUGCGAAGAAGAGCUAUGUGUGGGUAGCGAUGAGAUCAAAAGACAGGUGUGGAUUGUCAAAGGCUGCGGUCAUGUAAGUCCAAUUUACUUGUGGAGAAUGCACCACGAAUCGUGCGGCUAAACGUACUGCAAAGGGCAAAGAAAGGCCGGUCAGCACUAAUCCGUUCAAGACCUGUGUCGUUGAAGGAUG